AUGGUGCCUGUUGUUUUCUUCGUCCUCAUCUUCCUCACAGGUGGGACGUCCUCGGAGAAAGUGUGCAGUUACCACGACGUCCUGGAGUAUCUGAACCUGACCACGGAAAACAGUUUGUAUAAACUGACCCGGCCCGUUCUGGACCACACGCACCACACCACCAUUCACCUGGAGGUGCUCCUCUACGCCAUCCUGGCUGUGAUCGAGAAAACGCAAACUUUCGUUCCUUUUAUCUGGGCAUCGAUGAAGUGGAACAAUGAACUAAUUUCAUGGGACCCUGCUCAGUUCUGUGGAAUAACUGGGGUUUCAGUUCCUAAAGACUUGCUGUGGAGACCAGACUUGAUGAUCUAUGAGAUGAUACAGAAAGACGCCUCCCAUCAAAACCCUUCCCUUUAUAUAGACCACAAGGGGAUGGUCACGUAUGAAGAGGACAUGAACGUGGUCAGCACCUGUAGAAUGGACGUGCACAAGUUCCCCUUCGACACACAGAGCUGCAACAUCUCCAUCGGCUCUGCGAUAAACUGCAUUGGGGAGGUUCAUCUCUUUCCUGCCUCCAACUCGUCCCGGGCCACUCAGUUCUCCCGCGAGUUGAUGGCGUCUCAGGGCGAGUGGGAGUUCCUCCAGCUGUCCGUCAGCGACAACAUCCUCAUUUACGACAACCGUUCCUUCGAGCAGCUCGUUUACACUUUCACCAUUAAGCGGCGACCCCUCCUCCACGUCAUCAACUUCCUGUUGCCCAUCCUCUUCUUCUUGAGUCUGGACCUCGCCUCCUUCUUCAUCUCGGACCACAGAGGAGAGAAGCUGGGAUUCAAGGUCACUGUGCUGCUCGCCAUCUCCGUCCUGCUGCUCAUCCUGAACGACAUCCUGCCCUCCAUGUCCAACAAGACUCCGCUCAUAGCGACCUACUGCAUCGUGAUCUUUGCUCUGAUGCUGCUCAGUCUGCUGGAAAGCAUAUUGAUUAUAUAUCUGAUGGAAAUCGACUCCAAACAGAGGCUGAAGAACGACCAGGAGGACAAAGUAAAAAGUGACGACGCGAAGAGAAGUCGGAUCUUCUGUUCAUGUGUCUUCAAAGCGUCAGAGAAAGAGACUGAAAUGCUGCCGGUGGCGGAGGAGGUCAGAUGUGUUCAGUCGAGGGAGUCUCGUAUUCUGCUGUUGAUUCUGGACGAGCUGCAGGAGCUGAAGAAAACCAUGAGUCUGCACCUCAGCCCCAUGGAGGAGGGUGGGGGGAGGUUGUUCCUCUGGGCCACAAGAAUCAACAGAGCGUUCUUCGUUUUCUACGUCACCACCGUGUUGCUGUUCCUGUCCCUGCUCUACUAUGAGUGGAAGAGUUAG